GAACGCAGCAGAAUCCCGUUUUCAGAAGACAACUAUCAGACGAAGAAGAGGAGCAGCGGGGCGAAAAGGGUGAGUAACAAAUCUGACUUUAAAACUAAAUAUGUCACCUGUACAUGACUUUCAACAGCAUUUUUGUUCGCUAACUUAAAUAAUUGAGUUUAAAGUUCGAGCUGUUUGGUUCAGAGUCUCCGUCAGAUGAAGUUAGAGACGGAAGAAGAUCGAGAGAACUUCAUCUCCUUUCCUCCUCCUCCUCUUUAACUUUACCGUUAUCAGUCUGCUCAGAGUCACUUUCACCUCAAUUUACAGGAAAAAUGAGUUAAAUCCACUCAUGAGUAUAACUUCAGAGGUAAACCUUUGAUAUCUAACGCUUUAAACGACAUUAUUAUCCGUUUAACGGUGAGGAACGUCUUCGGUGUUUCGGUGGAAACUGAACAUGAACGGCUCACUUUGACGGUUAAAACUGAAGAGACUUAAAAUAUAUUUAUAUCACUGAGUCAGUUCUGAACGAUAAUUAAUGUUUAUGUGUCUGAACGCAUGAAAAGAUGGUUCUAAUAUUAACUCUGUCAUGGCUAAACUAAUCUAAAAUAAUCACAACAAACCUGCCUGGUUGUGUUUUGUUACUGAACUUUAAUAAAUCUUAUUUAAUGAGGAUAAAACUGAACUUAAAGCUCCUGUCAGGAGUUUUUUGUUUUGUUUUAUGGUAGAUAUGUAUCACUGAUAUCUCUGUAUGUUUGUCUUAGGGCUGGGCGAUAAAACGAUAAUGAUAUAUAUCGAAAAUUAAGUAUCAAUAUGAAACAUGUGCUGUGUCUGAAAUGGAUCCCUUAAGGUCCUUACACACUGGGACCGAUGCACAUAUACACGUGAAAUUACGAAAUAUUCUCAAUAGGCUCAACAGAUGACCACAUCAAUGUCAACGACAACACUGGCGUUAGGAAAACGUCGGUGGUGUGGAGGUAUUUUGGUUUUUGGAGGUCGGACAUGAAGCAGAGUAAUGUGGACUGUAAAUUAUGUCGAGUACAUGUUCUCACAUAGUCGGGGAAUACCUCAAAUCUUUUUCAACACCUGAAGCAGCGCCACACCGCAGAGCACACGCAACGCAAAAGGUUACAAACCCCGAGAGGAGCGAGGAGCCGAAACAGACGACCAUUCAGUCGGCUUUUUCUAGAGCAACGCCUUACGACAAAACGUCACAGAGACACAAAGACCUCACAGAUGCAGGAGAUUAUUGUGUUGGAAAAGACAUGAGACCAAUAAACACUGUUAGAUUUCAUCUUUUAUAUCGUGAUAAAUAUCGGUAUCGACUGAUAUGACAAAAAUAUAUCGUGAUAAACUUUUGUCCAUAUCGCUCAAAAUAUUACUAGAUUUUUUUUCUGUCCCACCAUCUCAAAUUAUCAAAAAAAUAAAACAUUAAGUUGAUGGUUAUAAAAAUGUGUUUUCAUUUUAUGGCCUGUUAAAAGCUGAUGCCAAUUCUUGAAAAUACCAUUAUCAGCCGUUAUAUUGGUCGAGAUUAAUCUAUUUAUCUCCAGUGGGUGAUGGGCUGAGGUUGGCCUCAUACACCAGAGGAUUGUAGCCUCGAUCAAAGACCCAAUUAAUCUAAAUAAUCGAGGACAUGUUGCCUAGUUUAGAUCUGCCAUGACCCGCUGUGUGGCGUCAAUAACAUUAUAUUUCUGCUCCUGUAGAGUCGAACUCCCAGCUUUAAAUAGUAUCAAAACAUGUGAUAUUAAUGAUUUCAGGUCAAACUGGGGCAGCUGAUUAAAACCAACACCUUUAUUUGACCUAAUCUUGUACAUGUGGGUUAUUGUCGACACAUUUUAGCUUUCCUCGAACCGAUACUGAGUUUCUACAAACAGAGACCAAAUAAGUGAGUGAAUAUGAAAAACACCGAGCUCAAAAUAGAAAAAAAGGCUGGCGAAGGGACCUCCAGGAAACAGCUGUCAGUGACACUCGAUUACUAAUAAUGCUGAUCUGUAUGAAAAGGACCUAAAAUGAUGGAUGGAAACGUCAUUUCGUAACACAGAGAGAGGGAAACGGCUCCACUGCGACAGAGGAGAGGAAAACGGAAGGAAAACAGACAAACACUUUAACCGUAUUCAAGAUGAAAUGUUCAGUUUAUCGUGUUAGUGAUUACAGACCCUCACCCAGGUCUGUAUCAGACUGCUCUCACCAAAAUCACUCAUGAGAGACGAAACUAGUCCUGUUAGAUAUUCCCAUUUCGACACACUAGACCUUUAGGAUAUUAAAGCAACAGAUGCUGCUGCUCUUCUUCUUCUUCUUCUUCUUCUUCUUCUUCUUCUUCUUCUUCUUCUUCUUCUUCUUCUUCUUCUUCUUCUUCUUCUUCUUCUUCUACCUUUUCAGUUUGACUUUUAUAACUCCUGUCUGCUGAAAUCAGCCUUGCAGCCAUCCUAUGUUGCACCAUACCGAGCCUCUCCUAAUCCUUAGGGUAGAGGAAAGACUUAAAGGACUACUUUGUAAUUUAAAUACAAACAAAAUCAAAUAUUUUUAUACUUUGAAUUAUCAGCGAUGACACCCCUUUGAGUACUUAAUGAAUAUAUGAGGCAAAUCUUCACCCUUGUGUAGUAAACCAGGAUUAACUGACUGACGUGAGGAAAUAUCCUGUUUCAGUCCAUCAUACUUCACACCUUACUCCAUUAUGAAGAGGCUCGGUCUCAGUCAGCGUUGAAUCAACAGGUGGAAAAGUUUGUUUAGUGUCAGCAGCCGAAGGAAACCUGCAUGUGGAGAUUAAACUCAAGUUUUAAAACUGCUCAAAGUCAUGUGAACCUGUCCGGGUAAAUAAAGUUGUUUUUAUUUAUUAGGUUCAGACUUAGGAGGACUUUUUAAAGUUUUGAAGACCUAAUAAAGAAGAUAAAGUUCUGUCGAGUUCUGCAGAUAUCUGAUAUUUCCAGUAUAAAGUAAUAAUCCUGAAAACUCAGACAGAUGGUGGUAAAGUGAGUUUCCUCCCUCUGUGUGCUGCAGACGGCGCUCAGAGGAAUGUUAACCAGGUCAUGUGACUCCGUCCUCAGAUUGAUUUCCUGUCAGAGGUGUGUAAUCACCUUUGUCAAUAACCAUCGUUGAAGAGGAGUUUCGACCAAUCAGAAUCAAGUGUUUGGCAGCAGGUUGUGACAUAUAAGCGGCGCUCAGGUGUUUGAAGAGGGCAGAGUAAGGUGUGCUGUUACAAUGCAGCGACCUCAGAGCUGUUUGCUCAUGUGACGGCGUGAUAAGAGGUCGUAAAGAGGUCAACGCUGUCAGGGCGAAGGAAGAGAGAAUGUCACAGCGGCGUGAUUCCUGGAAAAAUACUGCGAUGAUGAUAAAGAAAUACGAAGAGAGAGGAUGAGAAGCUCACCUAACACCCGGUCCUCAUAAAUAAUGUAAAAGACAGUCCAGGUGAGUCACUCCUUUUCCUAAAGGAAGUUUCCAUGAUUGUCCUCACUACAAUCAUUGAGAUUAUAACGGUUCAGUUUAAUCUGGUCUUUAUGGGCUCCUGAGAGGUUUCAGUUCUCUCCUCCAGAUUACAGAAUUGAAACCUAAUCUCAUCUGUUAGGAUGUCGAAACUACAAAAUCAGGCUUUAACUGCAGCUUGAUUUAAAGGGAUAUCCCGGUGUCAAAUUAAUUUAGGGUCAAACACACCGUAACACCGAGUUAGACCCCCCCUCCUGAGAUGAAUGUUGUCGACCGCUUGCUUCUCUAGUUAUACCAACUUUAGUAACGACCGCAGGAUAGAAAUACAGAGAGACACACCCCCAACCAAAACGCCACUCUAUAGCCACAAAUAAUGAUCAGAACAGCACCUAACUUCAUCAACAGGACAUACAGGGUCACAGACAUAGUACUAGACACCAAACAUCUUUUUAACUUUGAUUCAUUUCCUAAAGCAGGUCCAUUAUGGACUACAGCGGGGUGUCACAGCUCAAGGAAGAACAUUUAUGAUCAUUUCUUCAUGGAAAUACAAUCAGACUGAGACUACUGUGUCUGCAGAGCAAAAUGUCGUUACUAAAGUUGGUUUAACUAGAGAAGAAGCGGUCGACAACAUUCAUCUCUCGUCAGGGUGUCCAACUCAGUGUUACUGUGUGUUUGACCCUAAAUUAAUUUUAUGACAGAAUAUCCCUUUAACUGUGUAUGUAAAUUCACUGACUGUGCUUUAAUACCUCUCCACCCAGAUGAUGAUGGAGGGCGUGUUAGUGCGACAGUUUUUCAGUAUUUUGAUCUAGAAGAUGGAGACAGAGUCGUGUGAAGACUGUUGUUGUUGUUAAUCAGCAGGUUGGUGGUGUUAGCUCUGCCGGUGUUAGCCACACUCAGUCCUCUUCUCUCGCUCACUCUCUCUCCAGCUCUCCCCUCCGUCCUGUCCUCUCUGAUCAAACACACUCUGAUUGUGGUUCCAGGUUCUCACCUUUGCAGGAGGAGCAGAGAGUUUGUCCCCAGAGAGAGAGAGGAGCUUCACAGUCUCAGUGUGUGGAGUGUCUCCCUCCUGACACCCGGGCCCACAUUAGCAGCCCCGUGCUCCGUCAGAGUCCCAGCUGAGCUCCUGAGAGAGUCAGGCUCCACGCUGCCAUGACAACCUAGUUUACUCCAUCCUGCUGAACGCGUCCCGACCCUUCAGCCCGUUUGACCGCUUUGAGUUUGAUCAGAGCUGUACCGUCACAAACAGCUCCACUGAUGAAGUUUGAUGAUGAGUUCCUGAAAUAGUUUGUUUCUCCCCCCUGGAAGUCGUUCAGUAAUCUUGAUGAAGUCCUAUGGAGCAGGAGGGAAGCCUCGUAUACAUUUGGGUGUUGCUUCCUGUGAUUGUGAAGUCGCUCAGCAGGCCAGUCUGAACCGAACUCCAUCCACUGUGACCCCGAAAACAAGCUCAGCCUGUCGGUGAUCGAGCACAGACCCACCUGAAGGAGGUUCAGGUGAAGAAGUUCUGGAGUUCUUUCAAACUUUUCAGAAUAAAACCGUCACUGAACUGGGAAUCUUUUUAUUCCCAUGCUGCCUCCAGUUUCCUCUGGGCCGUGAUUAUCCGACCAUCAGGACUUCCUCUAAUUCAUGUAAUGGUUUCACUGAUAGGUCAAGAGUUUGGACGGCGCCCUCGUAAUGUCUUGUUGAGCUUUGACGCUGAAAAACAGGCUUUUCUGAAAUUGUCCGACUGCUUUUUUUAAAACUGUGAUGUUGUUUUUAUUUCUAGAAAAUGGUGAAGUGAGAGCAGAAGAUGCCAGUUAUGAGUCAAAGCAGUCCGUGUCUGUGGACUCGGCUCCCCCAGAGCAGACCGAGUCCGUGUGACCGCUACAAGCACGCCUGCUGCAGCGCAGACGGACACGUCUACGUCCUGGGGGGACGAGAGAACAGCUGUCUGAGGGACUUCUGGAGGUACAGCGUGGGUAAGGACCGGAGAGCGUGAGAGACCAUUCAAGUGAACGAGGCUGAAUUCAGACGUAAACAAACUGGUGAUUUAUUUUUUGAAGUGUGUAACGAGUGGACGGAGUUGAGCUGCAGCGGUGAAGCUGCCCCAGAAGAACUGGAGGAACAUACUAUGGUGGCUCAUGAGGUAAAAAAACUGUUCAGAGCAAAUCAAAGCCUUUGAUUAACACGUCAAUCCAAAAACUAGUGAUGGACUGAUUUUAGGAGGUGAUUUGUCGUCUGCCCUGGUUAGGACAGUGUGACCCUCCUUCUCUGUAAAUCUCAGACCUCCUGCUGCAUUCAGGUUCUUCUCACCAGCUCUGAUCUUUCCAGGGUUUCCUGUACGUGUUUGGAGGCAUGCUGGAUUCUGCCUACACCAAGUGGAGAUGUUCCCUCUGGGUGUUUGACAUCGGUGAGUUUCACAACAGCACCGCACGAAUAAUAAAAACAACUCUGACAUGACUCAGACCUGAUGAGCCGAUCCUGUCCCGACAUGUCGAGUCUGGUCCUCGGGAAAGUCUUCAGCUCUGUAGUUCAGCGUUCAUCAACUCUGAAUGUUUGUCAGCCUUUCACCUGAAAACAUUUCAGCACAAAGACUUUGGGAUUCAGGAUCUAAAAGCUGAGCGGUGUGGAGCUGAUAAAACCUCACAGGACUCACUUCCUCCUGGAAAACUCCCUCAGCUUGUUUGUUCCUGUUCAGUCUGCUCAAGAGUUUCUUUAGAUUUGUGUUUAGAAUAAUCAUCCAUAUUUACACACACUCUCCGUUCUGAAGUCUGCAUGUAUAACAAACACUUUUGUUCUGUUUCAGUUUGAAAAGUUCAGCUUUAAUGACUUUUAUUUACUUUACUGUCCACCUCAGUCACGUUUUCGCUGACGCUCUCCCUCGUCGUCCUCAUUUUCUGUCUUCUUGUGUGUUUCAGCGAAGCAGCGAUGGGUUCACUCUCAGGGAAAGAAGAGCUCCUCUCAGGUACAGAGCUCCUCUCACAGGAGGAGGAGGAGGAUCUUCUCUCUCCUCCUCAUCUCCACAGACUCCUCUGUUACUCUCACAGCUCUGACAUCAGCAAUAAAAAAUCUGGAUCAUUGAAAUCAACCGUUCAGAAAUAUUUAUUGAAUUGAUCAGAACUUUAAUUUUUAUUCAAGAUGUUUUAAAGACUUCAUCAAGUUAAUAUGAAAGCGAUGACAAGACAAGACACUUCAGAGCAGAGAGAGGUCAGAGUUCAGAAACUUCUCCUGGGACACAUCGAGACCCGGUCAAGGUCAGGAUCUGUCGGUGAGAUCUGUCCUCAGAUCAUCAGGUCGGGGAAAUCUAGAGGGAAAUAAAGAGAGAGAGACUGUGAGGAAAAAGAGGCUCAAAGUGUCUCCUCGGUGAUAAAACAGCCGUGUGCUCGUUUGUGUGUCUCUGUAGGUGAAGACCCAAAUGCCGUCCAACAGGAAGGGUCACAGCGCCGUGGUGCUGGGCUCUGACAUGCUGGUGUACGGAGGUUUCGUGGACAUGAAAGGAUCCUCGCAGGAGUUUUGGACUCUGGAUUUUGGUGAGUUUACAACGUCCCUCUAAAUUCAGAGGCUCCGAAAAUACUGGGAGUUUAUUUUCCACGUAAUCUACGGCACAAUCCGUCAAUUCACAGCUGUGUGUAGUUUGUGUGAUUUCCCCCUUUUGCCUUAGCUGGGUCUGCACAGGUGAACUCAUUGAUUAGUGAUCAGAUUCACCUGCUCCAGAGGUGUGAAAGGCUCCGAGCUCCUGCAGACUGCAGAGUCAUUCUGUGGGAAACUGCUGCUGCUGCCUCCUCCUCUCAUUCCUGUUCUGAAGGUUUCAUUAAUCUCUGUCAUUCUUUGUCUUUUGUUAUAAUAAACUUAUGGUAAACAAAAGGGAAAAAACACACAAAUAACAAACAGCUGUAACACCUGAGGCCUCAUUUAUCAACCGUGCGUGCGCAUAGAUGUGAAUGAAUUUAUCAACCCGUACUUACGCUGAGAAUUGUGCGUAAAUUGAAGCCCAACUCUGAUCAUGCUUCCACACAAGAUCUAGUGGUUAAACAGUGAAACUACAGAUAGAGUCCAUUAAAGGAGUCUCAGCGUUCAGAAAUCUCAGACUUCACACAUGUUCCCUCUUAUUGACCCUCGGUUCAUUUAAAGCUCCAUCCAGCCGACUUUGUCCCCAAACAUGCAGGUAAAUGUUCAUAAAAUAAUCAUUUUUAAACAUUUUUUAAUCUCUUAAACAAAUUCAGCCCUAAACAUUAAAAAAUAAUCAAUAAAAAAUUCAGUGUCACACCCUUUAUAUGCCAGGUUUUGUUAAAGCGUGCGCUCUAAACAGGAGCGGAAAAACACGCCAAUUUCACCUCCUUUUCUCGAGUCUCGACCAAAUCAGAUGCAAUCAAAUUUAUAUGUUCAUAUUAAAUUAAUUUUAUAUAAAAACAUGUAAAAUCAGAAGAUAUAUGUCAGAUAGGAAUCAUUUACAACAAUCAUUUUAGAAGACCGUGGUUACGCUGAUGGCACGCAUAUAAAAAAUAACUAUCUAAUGUGUGUUCAUGUCCACGGCAGACACCAUGGCGUGGUCCGUGCUCAGCGGUUCCCAGCAGGGCUCAUCAGGCCCAGGACCCAGACACAGUCACUCUGCUGUGGUCUACCAGAGUUGCAUGUACCUGUUUGGAGGUCUGAAAGGUCUACAGGAGCAGAGAGACCUCUGGAGGUGGAACUCCACCAACCGAACGUGGAGUUCACUCAGAAACAAGUGAGUGGGGAUUUCACCGGACGGAAGCAUCAGUGAUGAUGAGAAAACUCUUACAGACUGUUCUGGUCACGCUGAGGUGAAGUCUCAACUAUAACUGACCAGAGCAGAGGGUCUGUAGAGCCCUUUAAUAAAAAGAACAAAAGUUACUCUGAAACAAUAAUCAGUGAGAAGGUGGAUACGUCAUUAGGCCACGCCCACAUCUGUGAGGUGUCCAAAGAACUCGAUCCUGUCAGGAUAAUACCUGGACGUCUACCUGCUGAACUUUCCAGGAUCAGUUUUCAGAAGCUUUGCUGUUCGAGAGCCAAGAGGGUGAGACCAGGAGACUGUGUCAGUCUGCACGCUCUCACGGGGUCAAUGAAGCAGUGACGGGAAAAUGUGGGAACACGUCAAAUAUGAUUUUAGACUGAUGUUCAGGAGAGAUCCUUGAAAUAAUGACACCGUGACGGUGUCAGAGCAAAAGAAACAGACUUUUUUUGUGGGAUUUAGGGGCGUACGCUUGAAGCUUCCACAGAUUUAAAAAAUACGACAUAAUUAGAUUCACAAUACGAAACAAAACUACCUCAGGUAGGGCUGAGUGAUAUGGGAAAAAGUUUAUCAUGAUAUAUUUUUUAUAUCAGCUGAUAUCGAUCAAUAUCAGGAUAUAAAAAUCUAACAGCGUUAUUGGUCUCAUGUCUUUUCCAACACAAUAAUCUCCUGCAUCUGUGAGGUCUUUGUGUCUCUUUGGCGUUUUGUCGUAAGGCGUUGCUCUAGAGAAAGCCGACUGAAUGGUCGUCUGUUUCAGGCGCCAUGGGCUCCUCGCUCCUCUCGGGGUUUGUAACCUUUUGCGUUGCGCGUGCUCUGCGGCGUGGCGCUGCUUCAGGUGGUGAAAAAGAUUUGAGGUAUUCCCCGACUUUGUGAGAACAUCGACAUAAUUUACAGUCCACAUUACUCUGCUUCAUGUCCGACCUCCAAAAACCAAAAUACCUCCACACCACCGACGUUUUUCUAACGCCAGUGUUGUUGUUGACAUUGAUGUGGUCAUCUGUUGAGCCUUCAUGGUCAUUUCUGUCGGGGGUAGCACUCAUUUUCUUUGUUUCUCACCAACAGUGCUGUCGGCUUCACCUGUUAAAGUGCUAUGGUUGGGUGGAGCUGCUGUCUGCUACGACGCUGCAGUUGGUUGAUACUUGGUUCUAAUUCAGAACAUGAUUGGUUCAGACCUUUUCAUUGGCUGUUCGUAUAGUCGACCAAAACAUGUCAGAAUGACGACUAUCAAAAUGAAAUUAAUUUUUAAUAUAUAUCGUUAUUGUUUUAUCGCCCAGCCCUAACCUAAAUAGAGUUUACCACUAAAUGAAUAAAGUUCUCAGAGUGAAUCAGGACGUCCUAAACUUGGACACAGUCUUCUCAUGAUUGGAGACGCAGACUUGGCGUGUCUUUGAGUGUUUUUGUGGUUCCACCUCCGUCACAGCAGGACUCUCAGCAGCUCCACAGUCACUCGGCGGGUGUUUGCAGUAGCUAUUGUCCCGAGUGUGUUCCUUCCUGCUGACACCACCUCUGCUUGUUGUUUCAGGUCGGGACCCUCCAGACUCAUGGGACACUCAGCUGUGGCCUACAAAGACAGCAUGCUGCUGUUCGGAGGAGGAAGGAGUCAGAACUCUCCCAAGAACUGCCUGUGGAGGUACAGCUUCACCUCCCUGACCUGGACGCAGGUUCCUGUACUGCCGGGAUCCACCCCGCCGGAUAAGAUUCACCACUGCUGCAUCGGACUGGGUCCAAGCUACAUGUCCGCCACCUGCAGCUCAGGCUCAGAACUCCACCCCAGACUGCUGGAUGGAAGAAGCAGACCCUUUAAAAACAAGUGCUUCCCCGCCCCGCUGACUUUCCUGGGGUCGGACGGAGGGAUAGAGCUGGAGACGUUCAGCUCGGACAGAUGCUACACAAAACUGACAACAUCGGCAGAACGGGACAAAAGCAACGAGCGUCUGACGGGGAAAGAGGGCCAGCUGAUCGGAAACUGUUUAAGCUUUGAGAAUAAGGCUUUCAGGAAACAGUGGAGCUGCACCGAGGAGGAUCUGCUCCAGCAGCAGGAGGAGGAGGAGGAGGAGGAGGAAGAGGAGGGAGAUAUCGCCCAGCAUCUGCCUGAUCUGCUCCUGGUGCUGGGGGGACGACCUUACGCCACACACAGUCCCAUCUCCACCUGGCAGAUGACCCUGACUGCCUCCUGAGAACAAACCACUAACACUUUAUAUUUUUAUAUUUUAAAAGAUUAACAGUAUUUAUCUUUAUGUGGGUUUACAUCAAACACUGUAAACCUGCUUUUGUUACUCAUGGCGAGUUUUACUUAUUUAACAGAAAUAUAACAGAAAUGACUGUAAAUAGUGGAGAAAAGCUAAGAAACUAAAACAAUAACAUUACCUCUAUUUCUAACUUUAACACGGAUGUACGAGGCGGUGGAGAAUCAUGCUAACACGACAUGAGGUCCUGUCAUUUCUGAGUAAAUAUAAGCUCUUUAAAGGUUUGCUGCCUGAAUCUCUCCAACGACCUUUACGAUAAGUGUUUACAGUGUAAGGUGAUGUCUCUGCAGCUCAGCCAAGGCCCUCAAAAACUCGAUGUUGUGCAUCUCUAAAAAAUGAGCUGCUGUUUCAGUUUGAUCUGAAAUUAAAGCGACAGAUUUGGAGGAUCGACGUCAGCUGUUCAGGAGACGUGAAGUUCUGAUAACGCUCCUGAAAUCCCUCUAACUUACUCCCACUGUAUCUACUUCACUAGAUCCUACAUACAACACUGCACUGUCCCCAUUUGACUGUAUGGAACCAUGUUAGACCCAAAGAUACCAGCAGGGGGCGUUUUCCUUCCUUUCUCCUUCUUGUUUAAUGAUCUUACACAGCAUGGUCUUCAGUUAGUAUGUAAAGCUACCAUGAAGACUUAAACAGAUGAUAUAGGGGGACACCCUGUGGGCUGGGUCGACCUGUGAUUGACUCAAAACUUCAAAACUAAAGUCCACAAACUUCCAGGUCCACUUCUGAACAGUUUCUGAACAUCUGAGCUCCUGUAAACCAGCGGAGAUCAGGAGGGAGAGUCGGAGAGUUGGCAGACACACUUUUACUCUGUUUUUUAUUGUUUUGACUAUAAAAGAACAAAUCUGUACGGUCCAAUCUGGUCAUGUGACUGUUUUCACUGAGUGAAAUAUUAAAAAAUUAUACUUC